AUGGAAAGACUCAUUGGUGUAGUAAAGCAGGUUAUAUCCGCGGAUACGUACAUUUUGUUAGGGCCUAAAAAAAAUGGCAUUGCACAGGAAAGGCAAGUAAGUCUAGCAUGCAUACAAUGCUCAAAAUUGUACGUAAAAAGCCAAACCUCGGAAAAAAAUGAAGAACCAUUUGCAUGGGAAAGUAGAGAACUUAUCAGAAAACUAAUAAUAGGGAAAAGUGUAUCAUUUACAUUAGAAUAUGUAUAUAAUAAUCGCCAAUAUUGUAGUGUUUAUUUUGAGGAUACAAAUUUGUCAAUAUUAUUAUUAGAAAAAGGAUAUGCAAAUUUAAUGUUUAAUAAAAAUGUAAAAACGAAUGUAUAUGGAGAUUUAGAGCCAUAUUAUUUAGAGGCUAAAAGUAAAAAUUUAGGCAUAUUUGGUAAUAAUAUUAAUAAGUAUGUUAGAAAUAUAAUUAAUAUUAAUAAUGAUAAAAAUGAAAAUAAGAAAAUUUAUGAUAUGCUGGUUAAUAAGAAAGUUCAUUGUGUGAUUGAGCAUGUGAGGGAUGGAGGCCAUCUUAGGGUUUAUGCUCAAUUGGAAAAAAAAGAAAAUAAAGACGAAGGAAAUAAGAAAAAUAAUGUUAAAAAUGAAAAUAAAAAAAAUGAAAAGGGAGGAAAAGGAUCGAGAAAAAAACGUGAAGAUAAUGAUACCAGCCAACCUGAAGAAAAAUAUUUGACAAUGUAUUAUUUUUCAAUAUCUCUUUGUGGUAUUAUAGUAGAUAUGUAUAAAAAGGAAGUAAUAAAUAAUGUUGAAACAGUAAAAGAAGAAACAUAUGCAACUGAAACAAAAAAAUUUGUAGAAUAUAGAUUAUUAAACAGAGAUGUAGAAAUAGAAAUAAAACAUAUUGAUAACAAUUUAAAUUUAUAUGGAAAUAUACAUUAUAAAUUAGGUAAUAUAUGUUUAUUAUUAUUAAAAAAUGGAUAUGCUUAUAUUAAUGACUAUACCAUAAAAUAUGUCGAAAAUCCUAUAGAAUAUAAAAGGGCACUUGAUGAGGCUGUAAAACUAAGGAAAAAAAAAUGGGUAAAUUAUUCUGAAAAAGAAGUAGAUUUUGAAAAAGAGUAUAUUACAACUGUUAUAGAAGUAUUAUAUGGUGAUAUUAUUAUUGUAGAUUAUAAAAAUGAAGAAAGAAGAUUAUAUUUAAGUUCGAUAAAAUGUGAAAAACAUAAUUCGGAUAUCCAUUUAAAUACAUUAUCUUUAUUAGCAAAAGAUUAUUUAAAAAAAAAAAUAGUUGGUGAACAAGUGAAAAUUAUAACAGAGUGUGUAAAAACGCCACAAAGCAAUAAUGAGGGUUAUAUACCACCAUGUUCUGAUAACAAAGGAAGGAUGCAUUUUGUUAGUGUUUAUCAAAUUAAGAAAAAACAAGUUGAUAAAAAAGGAAGUUUGCCAGGAUCGAAUAAGAUAAAUUCUGAAAAAAAGAAAAAAGGAAAAAAGAGUAAUAACAAUUCAAAAGAUGACAAGAAAAAUGAAUCUGAAAAUGUGGAUCACGAAGAUUACAACGAGAUGAGUCUCAAUGAACAACUAGUUGCAGAGGGUUUAGCAAAAGUUGUAAAUUAUGUACAAGAAAAUGAAAAACCAGACUACUAUUUCAAUUUACAAGCAUUAGAAAAAGAAUCUGAAAAAAAAAAACUAGGAAGAUUUAAUCCACAUUUAGAUAUUAUAAAAAUAAAUAAUAUAAGUGGUAGUGAAAAUGCCUUAAGAGCUAGAUCAUUUGAAAAUACAUUAAAUAAAUAUAAUAAUUUAAAUGCAUAUGUUGAUUAUAUAUAUGGAGCAAAUAAAUACAAAAUUUAUAUUCCUUCGCAAAAUUUAAUGAUAAACUUUAUCUUAUUAGGUGUAAAUAUUCAAAAAAUUAAUUUGAAAGAAAUAGGCAAUGGCAAUGCAAAUAAAAAUGGAAAUAUUGAAAAUGUAAAGAGAGAGGAUGAUUAUGUUUCUGCAGAUACUGGAAAAAAAAAUAAUAAAAAAGAAAAAAGCGAAUAUAGAGAUAUUGCCAUACAAGCAUAUAAAUAUGUGAGAAAACUUUUAAUGCAAAGAUCAGUGCAAAUAUGUAUUAUUACAUGUGACAAAGGUGGUAAUUUUAUCGGAACAUUAAAAUAUCAAAAUAAAGACAUAGCACACCAUUUAUUAUCUUUAGGAUAUGGUAUGUUAAAUGAUAUUGGAUUGAAAAAUAUAACUGAAAGAGCUAAUUAUAUUAAAGCGGCCGAAGAAGCUAAAAAUAAUAAAAGAAAUAUAUGGGCUAUUGAAAUAGUAAAUGAAAAUAAUGAAAACGGUUUAUUAAAUGGAGAUAAAGCAAAACUCUCUGAAUUUGAUAACAUAUAUUAUUGUUCAUAUGUAGAUGAUAUAAAUAAUAUUUGUUUACAAUUAAAAAAUAAACAAGAUCAACUUAAAAAGUUUCAAGAAGAUAUAAAUAAAAAAAGCUACAUAGAAAGUAUACCAGAAAUGUCUAUUAAUAAUAUAAGUAAAAAUGCUUUAGUCUUAGCUAAAUAUAUUGAUAAUUAUUAUUAUCGAGCUGUGGUACUUCAAAUAAAUAAAUCAAAAAACAAAUGUCUUGUAAAAUAUAUAGAUUUUGGUAAUGAAGAUGAAAUAAAUAUGGCAGAUAUUAAAAAAUUAACUCCAGAAUAUAGUUUAAAAAAUUAUCAUCAAUUUGCUAUUAAGGUUGCAUUAUCAGGUUUAAAAAUGCCAGAAGAUAACAAGCCAGAUUUAAUGAUAUAUAUUAAACAACUUUUAUUAGAUAAAUUUUUAUAUGUUAAAUUUGAAAAGAAAACAGAAAAUAUAUAUCAUGUUGUUUUUUAUGAUUAUGAACAAUUUACCACAAAUAAAAAUGUAAAAAGUGUUAACGAAGAAAUAGCAAAUCAAGGAAUUUGCUAUGUUGAUAAUUUCAGUGAUACCAAAAUUUUUGAAAAAUUAAAAAAAGAAGAAUUACAAUCAAAAAAAAAUAAACUUGGCAUAUGGUCUUAUGGAGACAUAAAUUAUGAUGACAAUUAUGCAUAA